CGAGAAAAACGCCUCUGAAUUCCAACGACGAAGACGAAGGGAGCUAUCACAAAUCAAUUCUCUCCUGCUAAUUUACUUCCUGCACCGCUAGACAAGUUUCGUUCGCAGUUGCAAGUCCAAUCAGAGCUCCGGACCGGACGUGACCUGACCUCUGCUACUAGUAACCUUCGAUCGCAACGCAUUACACAGCACCCCGCCACAGCACCAAACUGCACCACCUGAAGCCAAUUUACUCGAACUACCGAAACAAAAAUGGCGGCCGGAGCUCUGGGUUCCAGAGCCUCGAGGCCAAUCAAUAAUGGAAUAAGAAAUGGCAACAACACUUUCGGUUUGAAUAAAAAGAAGAAUAUGCGUCAACAGAACACUAAAAACAACAAGAAGGCCAGCUACAUCUCUCGGGCAAUUUUUGCUUUGGUCCUGCUGAUGGUGAUCAUUGAAUACGUCGCCUACACCUCGCUCACUCUUCCGAUAAGUGAACCGCCCAAAGAGAGUGAGGGCAGGUAUUUUGAAAGCCGACAGAAGGGUAAGGCACUGACCUUGAGAGAGAGGAUGCGAAAAAAGCGGGUAGAAGAGAAGCUACGGACUAGAGAAAGACGACAUAAAGAAAAGCAGAAAAUAUUAGAAACGUAUCGGAAUACAAGUCCUGAUCCCGCUAAGGUCCAAAAAUAUGACGCCAAAUACAAAAAUAUUCACACUAGUACCCAAACUGAUGUCACGAAUAACCUCUCCCCUGAGGAAUUCCACGACCAACGCAUCAAAACGGUUGAGCACCUUCUGCACAUGGGCGUCGAAGAGGAUUACGACCUUGAAGAACUCCCUCCGUGGUCAUUAAUACUGGACAAUUUCCACCCGCAAACCAAGGACGAUGAGCCAAUCAUUCUUGGGCUGGAAUACUGCGAGGACUUUCGAAAGAUGCACUCUCCCAAAAUCAUUGGUGUCGGACCAGCAGGGCUUUUCAGCACGGGGACCAACCUGAUUGCCAAUCUCAUGACUUUCAACUGCGAUGGCCCGCUCAAACGUCGGGGAAACCGGAAAAAAUUUAGCCUCGUCCAGGUUCCCUGGGGUAAGCACAAUCCAGCUGACGCCCGCUUUCACCACCAGGUACCGAUGCCCGUCGUAGAGGACCGGGAGGCCAUACUUCCUGUCGUCGCCAUUCGCCAUCCCUACACAUGGAUGUCGGCUAUGUGCAAACACUCGUACAACACCAGGUGGAGGCACGUACACAAAAAGUGCCACAGGGGUCUGGGUCUAGAGAAUCCUGUCUGGAAGGUCCCGUAUGGCUUUAAAUCCUACAACGAGACGCACAAUGUGACAAAUUCGUACAACUCACUGGCGCACAUGUGGAUGGAGUGGUACAAGCCGUAUUUCCUCGACGAGAAAUACAACCAAACCCCACGGCUCAUGGUCCGCCACGAGGAUAUGGUCUACCGGCCAGAAAAAGUCGUAUCUAGGAUUUGCGAGUGCGUUGGGGGGGUCAACUCGAAUCCCAUCAAAGACUGGGAAGACCCUGACGGCUUUCAGUACCUAGAAGAAGGCGCAAACACGGGCGGGGGCCAUGGCAUCCACCGCUCCGGUUUGCUUACGGCCAUUCUCAAAUACGGUCAGCCGCUCCGGAAUUGGUACGACCAGUACACUGCCACCGACCGCGAGAUUAUGAAGGAGGCCUUUCAGGGGGAAGUCGAUCCCGAACUCAGAAACAUCUUUGAUACCUUUCAAUACAAGCUCUACGACGACGUGGCUGGUCCGACCCCCCAUGAUAUAAUACAGGUCGAGCGUCGCAAGGCCAUGGAAGAGGAAAAAGAUGAGCAGGUCCUGGCGGAAGCAAAAGCGGUGGCGAAAAGAAACGGCGAUCUGACCGCGUCCCAGGUGGAGCGACUCAAAGCGCACAACAUGAAGCAGCAGCGAAAGAAUGCCAAAAAGGGAAACCGUGGCAAUCCAAUGCAUGACCAUCGAAAGUAUAAGGCAGCGCAAUAGAUGGAACUCAAUACAACUACUAAACACAAAAGGAUGUGUGAUAGUGCGUAUGUACCAUAGUUUUGCGGUGUGGAUAUUCAUAAUAUCAAAGAAAGAUGGGGAAAGAUGCGAAAAUUAUUGAAUAGUUUUACAUCUGAAAAUAUACAGGUGGAUGCGCGAUGUACUGACUCUUCCAAAUAGUAUCAACAGCAUUCUUUCUUUUCCACAAGCAACCCAUAAUAAUAUAAUUUUAGCGAG